AUGGAGAUGCAAUCCUAUUACGCCAAGCUCUUGGGGGAGUUGAAUGAACAGCGGCAGAGGGACUUUUUCUGUGACUGCAGCAUCAUUGUGGAAGGGCGGAUCUUCAAGGCCCACAGGAACAUCUUGUUUGCCAACAGCGGCUAUUUCCGAGCCCUGCUCAUUCACUACAUCCAGGACAGCGGGCGGCACAGCACCGCCUCCUUGGACAUCGUCACCUCCGACGCCUUCUCCACCAUCUUAGACUUCCUCUAUUCUGGGAAGUUGGAUUUGUGUGGGGAGAACGUGAUUGAAGUUAUGUCGGCUGCCAGCUACCUGCAGAUGAACGACGUGGUGAACUUCUGCAAGACAUACAUCAGAUCAUCCCUAGACAUCUGCGGGAAGAUGGAGAAGGAGGCCGCUGUGGCUGCAGCGGUGGCAGCAGCGGCAGCGGCAGCGGCAGCAGCGGCUCACCGGGUGGAGAGUGGAAGCCCCAGUUCAGGCAGGGAAGGGACCUCCUGUGAGACCAAGAACUUGGUCUCUCCUGCCGAGGGGGAAGAGAGUGUGGAUCGGCCAAGAGAGUCCCCCCGUGGUGACUGCAGAGGCUGCCACCCUCUGGCACUGGUGGGGAAAGACAGCCAGGGCGGUGGCUCAGUGGACAGCGACCGCUCCAUUCGACCCAAACAGAUGGAGCCCAAGGUGGAGUUCGAUGCCGAGGGAGUGGAGGUGGAGGUGGGCGGACAGCUGCAGCAGCGUACUGCCCCGCUGAGCCUGGCCCACGGGGAGGAGGGUUUGCCCAGAGGCCAGGCGGUCGACUUGGCUUACAGUAACUACCAUGUGAAGCAAUUCCUGGAGGUGCUCCUGCGCCACAGUGCCGUCCAGAGCAAAGAGGACGCGGACCAGCACUUUUCUCGGAGUUUGGAGGGAAGACCAGGUGGUGCAGAAGUAGCAGCCAUGAGUUCCAUGAUGGAUGUGCAGACUGACUGGUAUGGAGAGGACUCAGGUGGUGUGCUGGUGGUGCCCAUCAAGCUGCACAAGUGUCCUUUCUGCCCCUACACUGCCAAACAGAAGGGCAUCCUUAAGCGGCACAUCCGCUCACACACGGGGGAGCGGCCCUACCCCUGUGAGACCUGCGGCAAGAGGUUCACCCGACAGGAGCAUCUGCGGGGCCACGCGCUCAGCGUCCAUAGGUCCAACCGUCCAAUUAUCUGCAAGGGCUGCAGAAGAACCUUCACAAGUCACCUGUCGCAGGGGCUGCGGCGCUUCGGGCUGUGUGACAGCUGCACCUGCGUUACAGACACACAUGAUGAUGAUGACGAAUUGAUGCCCAUCAACCUUAGCCUGGUGGAGGCUUCGUCCGAGAGCCAAGAAAAGAGUGACACAGACAAUGACUGGCCAAUCUACGUGGAGUCUGGUGAGGAAAACGACCCCGGCGGAGAGGAUUCGGAUGAUAGACCCCAAAUUCAGCCCAGCUUAUCAGAUGGAGAGAUGCUUACGUAGCAAUAAAUUAGUGGAGAAGAGGGUUUAGAAUUUGUUCUUGCCAGUUCUGUGGUUGAAAGCCACCCUUUGUCCAAUUUUGUGGAACCCUGAGAGGAACAUUUUUUCACUGUUAAUUAUUUGCAUUUCUGUUAGACUACAUGGUGGAGGUUGGAUUCUGACUCAAAGGACUUUUUAGUGCCGCCCCUGAUUUCUGAAAGCUUUCUGAGUGAAUCAAGGUUGGCUCUGAGGCGUCCCGUUUUUCCUGCCGUGCAUCCAAACUCUGGUUGGGAGGGAGAUAAGAAAAUCUCCAUACUUUUUUCAUAGUGUCUCAAUCUUUCUGCAUUCCUGUGUCGUCAUCCUCUUUCUCUGAAAAGGUGGGCAAGAACAUAUUAAGUUUUGAGAUCAAUCUUACUUCUGCCAAGCCUCUCCUAAUGAAUUCCGUACUUUAAUUUUCUGGUGAAGUAUUAAGGAGAAAGUUUCCUUGAUAUAAGGCAGACAGGGCCGUCUGGCUAUAUGACUGUAAAAAUUACUUUCUAAAUCUAAGAUUGCAGUUUUAAAGGCUGGGGGCAUUUAUGUGCAGACAAGCAUGGAAAUGAGCUGAAAGUUUCCUUAUGGCACUGUGACUUGCCCCGUUGAAUUAAAUUUUAAGUUAGCCCCGGCAAGGGAGCCUGAGAGCCCAGGUCUGGGUGGUUUCCCUGUCUGGCUUGGGAUUUAACAAUUCUUUGCACACAAAUAACCUGUUUUAUGAUCAUAAAACAAGGCAUUUGGGCAAAACUCAAAAUGCUCCUAUGCAUUUUCCAGCCAUUUCCAAGAGCCACUGCUGUGUAACCUGGAAAUGCAGCCACCACUGACAUUCCUUUACUUCGUUUAUGAAUAG